AUGCGCCUUCACCUUAUAAUCUCGCGCCACGGCCUACCAGCCACGCGCAUUCUCUGGACCACCGACUCUUCCACGGAAUAUGGCACUCACGGCGCUGCGUCUGCGGCGGCCAUUGCCUCGACCCGCACCCCGAAUCUUGCUUUUUCGAAUGGUGGAUACACAGUCGCGCAACUCCUCGAGGAUGUAAAUGAGGUCGUACCGCUCGAGACAGAACCCAGCAUGUUCGAUCCUGAAAUCGGGGGUCAGUGGGGCUUGGAGGACUACGUGGUUGAGGUUGCUGGAUCGGAGUGUUUACACUUCAUGGAGGUUGACGGAUUACUUCGUGAUGGAGACGAGGUUGUUAUCCGAGCUCUUCAACUAGCAGAUCUUCGUGCACGCCGACUGUGCGGGCGAGACCAGAUUACGGCCGAUGGCAAGCAUCUCAUUGAUGGUGUUGCAUUUGGGUCUCCGUAUCUGAAGCGGGGUACAUCCUCCCGCCCAGCAAUUACCAUUCCCCCAAGAAAGAAACGUCGGACUAUUUUCUCCUCUAAUUGGGACUUUGGGCCUGACUCUACAUUGCACUACGGAGGCAACAACGCUAAUGCUAAUGCCGACGAGGAGGGCGAUGGAGAGUGGCUUCCGCCCGGUGAAACUGGCUUUGGAAAAGAACUUUCUGUUCUACCCGCAGAUAAUGAUAUCUCUGAAAUGGGAACUGUCAUCAGGCAUCACAUCGAUCAUUCGGAUGGCUCAGACAGCGGAGAAGACACAUCGGACCCCGAUCCCGAAGAAGAUGACCUGGAUACUGAGCUCAAGGCCUUGAAGGCAGACUUUGAGGAGCCCGACUCUCAAUUCAUUGAUAUCAGGAAUCAGGCACAGGCGCAAGCUUCCAGUGGUCCUGCACUGCGUUCCAGUUUAAUUGCAAAGAGGCCUUCGUCUGCUGACAAGAGACCAAAUUCCUCGGGGUCGCUUGUGGGAGCAUCGUCUCUCUCUAGCAAGCGGUCCCGUGGAGAUGACUCUUCUCCGAGAGUCUCGAAGGCUGUACGAUUCAACGGAGGUCAACCUGUGUCAGAAGCUAUGAAAACAAAACAGCCUGAAGAAGCUAUUGCCGUAACAUCCGACUCCGAAUCAGGCUCAGCCCCCUCAAGUGACUACAGCGACCCGAGCGAAACAUCAUCAGAGGAAGAAGACUCAUCCGAUGAGGAUGUGGAGACUAACGAAGCGAAAAAUGACACAGCUCCCAAAAAGGGGACGAUGCACGUGGAAACUAAGCUACAUCAUACUUCCGAAGUGGAAGAUUCCAGCUCCGACUCCAGCUCCGAUGAUUCGUCAUCCGAGUCUGAGUCCGAGUCCGAGUCCGAGUCUGAGUCUGAGUCUGGAGGCGAAGAAACAUCAACACCAGCACAUGUUCCCAUUGUUAAUGCUCCCGGCAAAGGCUCUGUACGGACUAAGAAGAGCAAUGCGCGCUGCAAGUUGCGCCGCCGUCUCUCUAAACUUAAGGAGCUUGGUGUAUUGCCUGCCUCUGCAGACUUCAAUGCUUUGCGUGAAUGGGAGGAGACUCAUGGAGGCUGGCAUGGAGGUGCUCAUCUACCUUUACCUGACGAGCUGAGUGUUCUGUCCACAGCAUCGACUAAAAUUUCCAAAAAGGAGCAGGAGCAGCGGGAAUUCGAAGCCAAGCGACAGAAGUUGCUCCGGGAUAUUGCUUCUGGUGGUGUGGAUGUGGAUGAUCAUUCCGAGAAAGAGAAUGCUCCACCUCAAACUGCUGAUACGAGUAUGCCUGAAGCGGAAGCGAAAGCUGCGCCUGAAGAGCCUGCUCCUGAAGAAGACGAAGCACCUGAAGUGAAAUCUUCAAAAGAAGCUCCUGCUCGACGGAAGCUGGACGUCGCCAGUUCCAAGCGUUUGCUUUUCGGAUCUCUUGGGGUGCGCACACCCAAGACCAAGGAGGACGAAGAGGCAACGCGACGAAAGUUAGCGGCCCAGUUUACCAAAGUCAAUUCCGGACGACAGAACGCAGAGGCGCAACCAGCUGAAGAGGAAGGGGAAGAGGAGGAAAGUGACUCGGAAGUUGACUGGGAGAACAAGCUGAUCAUCAAAGCUACCGAAUGUAUUUUCGAUGAUAUCGAGUUGACUUCACCUCCAUUCCCCUUCGAGAACCGAUGGGACAAGAAUGCGGAUACGCUCAUUCGCCAGCGAAAUGGCUGGGGAAAGAAGCGGAAGAGAAAGCAGAGAAUUCAAGUCUACCACGAAGAUGAAUAUCCAGAAGAGGAAGAGUAUGAAAAAGCAAACUACGACUGGCCUGCCUACGAGGAGGGCAUGGAACUCAACUAUGAUGACGAACCUGCCAAUGCAGAGAACGACACAACGGCCGCUUCUGACCUCCCGGCUCUGCCUGAGGAUCCGGCGUCUGUUAAAGACUUGCUUGAAUCUGAAGUAAAGGUCGGAGCAAUCAUCGCCUUCCGACAACUGGAUAUGUCCAAGGCGACGAACUGGCAGCCCCGCAUGUCUGAAUACCGAGUCGCCGAGGUUCACGAAAUCAUGGGUAAUGGGACGAUCAAUGUGCGACUUGCAAUCCGCGAUCGACGACCCAAAGCACCCGUCGACGAGGAUGAUGAGCCCCGCGAGUACGCCGGAUUCGAGAUGCCAGGAUUUGACGAGGAGGAGGAUGAUGGCUAUCGCGAGCUUGCAUUUGCAGAGCUGAGCGAUCCGAAGCUUCUACGACCGGCGCCUCAAGUUAUCGAUGAGGACACGGGGGACCAAGACGCGCCAGAAGGUAGCAUUGUUUCCGUAGUCGCGGACUCCAUGCCGAAUGCCCAGGGCGUCGCUCCCGAUCCAGCUGAUAUGGAACUGGACGAAACCACUUUUGUCACGCUCGUGACCGCCGCUAGUCAGGUUGGGUCGCCGGCGAGGUCAGACGUGCCCUUGGUCCAGACCCCUGGCGAUGGUCGACUUUUACGCUCGCAAGGCCUACACAUGCAAGGUCUGGAUGCGGAUGACGAGCACAGUGAUACACCUGCUGUGCCUUCGCCUUCCUUCUCUGGCUUUCAUUCCGCGUUCUCUUCUCCCGGGACAAGGCUAAGCGGUCGUUUCAAUCGCCGCAAUGACGAAGUGAACCUCGACGGCCAUACUCUGAUCGAACAAGAACCGUCUGUUUUGGAGAAUCCCAAUCCGGACUACUCGGCUCUGUCAUUUCUAUCUGCCAACCAAUCUGUCUCCCCAUACCCUCCUCAAAGCCAGCAGCAGAAUCGCCAGGUUUUUGACGAGCCGCUGUUCGUUGCAAAUGGAUCUGGCGGCACUGACUCGCUGUUGUCCGUGGUCCCACUAGCGAAAAGUCACUCGGGAAAGUCGACACCCGCUCGCAGCACCGCUUCCAGCCCGAAGCAUCCCAUGACUGGCACGCCCAAGGGACCAGCCUCCUGGGAAAGUCUUUUGGGCAUGCUAAGAAGCAGAAAUCCAGACCAGGACAACACAGACCACGACAAGGAAGAUGAGGACCUCGAGGACCAUGAUAGCCUGGUCCACAGUGAGCAAAGCCUCCAUCUGACCCAACCAUCCCCUCCAUCCAGCUCGCGCUCCUCACACUCCUCACGCAUGCCGCCCCCCAGUGCCCAGCGAUCUCGGUCUCAGAAAGCCAGCAUAGAGGCCUCCGAAGCACCUGCUGCCUCGACACGCUCCAAGAAACCCGUCUCUUCGCCUCUGCCCAACGGCUCACAAUUGUCAGAAGUCAUCGACCUGACCAGCCCUUCGGCAGGAACAAGCCAAUCGACUCGCAAGACCAAGAUCGACGUGACCGGGUUAUCCAUAGCCGACGGGGACGACAAUCCCCCACAGACAUCGGACCGACCAACUCGCGCUUCAACGGACACGAUGCAGCGCGUAGAAGUGAGCGUCAGUCCCGAGAUCAACAAAGCGAGCAAGAAGAAGAAGAAGAAGCGAUUGUCGCGGAAGUUCUAA